ACCGGCUUGACUUCAGUUUAUUCACGUAUAAAAUUGAACAGUUGAAAAUUGGUAUUUCUUGAAGUUUAUAGAUUGUAUGAUGGAAUUCUUUAUUCGAUCCCUAUUGAUCGGGACCUUAAUUGGAAUAUUUGCAACGAUCGAUGUAGAAUCGGUUGGCAAUAAGGAAAAUCUUCCUGAUCUUCCUCUUGAUGCGGAUUGUCUUGAAUAUUUGGUUGAUCGAAACACGAAAGAACACUUAACGAAACGCUAUCACGAUCAGGUUGAAGAUCUUCGUCAUUUUAGGGAUAAAAUUAGACUAUACAAACAAAAGGAAUGGUUAAAUAUGUUGGUAUCGAUUGUUAAUGAAAAUGGAAUUUUAUUCGAUUCGUUGGUGGAACCAAUUUGUGGCAUUAACGAAAAAGUAACACUUUAUACUGAGGCGCUUGCCAAUGAAAAAAUCGUUCAUGAUUUUGAUAUUGGCGUUCACAGCAACAUAAAAAGUGUUUACGAGUUUGCAAUUCAGUAUCGCGUUAUAGUGGAAGAUUCAUUUUUAUACGCAAAUCAAAAUAUUUCCAAUGCCAUAGAACAAUACAAAGAGAUAGGAAGCUUGGAAGAAGAACAGUUAUUCUCACUCGAGGCUACCAUGGAAACUUUAAAAAAUACUAUCGACGAUAAUGUGGCUUAUACAAAGGGUGCCGUUAAUAGAUUGAGACACAGUAUGGAAAAUUUCAUUGAAUUAACCAAAAAACUUGCAAACAUUCUGCAUAAGUUGCAAUUAACAAUUCAAUUAAAAGUACAAAAUGUGGAUCAACAGAGAAAGAAGGUUAUGACUGAGUUAAAGAAGCAACUCACCUUAUGUUUAAAAGAAACAUUAAAAGGGGAUUUGCAAAACAAUAUUAAGCAGAAUAUUGUCGGAAUAAAGGAAGAAAUGCAAUUUGCAGAACAUUCUCUCGGCUCCCUUUUCAAAGACAUUGAUUAUGUUAUGUCAAAGCAAGAGCCAGAAAUCGAAAGUCCCCACAUCCAGGAAACAACUACUCAAAAUGUACCUCAAAUGCAACUCGAUCUUCCUCUUCCCAUUUUGAAGCCGCUAACAAUAAAUACGAAAAAGUCGAAGGUGAAAGAUUUAAUUGACUACUUUAACCAAUAUACGAACAUAGUUACUCCGCGUCAAUUGGUUUAUUCUGCUAAAACUAAUGUUACAUUGAGAGAUCUUCUGAAAAAGGAUAAAAUUAACAUUCCUACUGACGAAAAAGAUCUUGUCAAGGCUAAAAUACGCGAAUUUGAAACGUCUAAAAUUCCAAAUAAAGUUCCAAAGGUACCAAAAGGGAAAAAAACUGGAGCUUCCUCGAGUAAAAAACCACCAUUGAAGUGAUUAUUAAUAUUUUGAUCUGAAAUCGUUACUAUUCUUUGCAAAGUUUGCAUUGAUAAUGACACAAAGACGCAUAUUAAAUAUAUGAUGAAAGAAAGAUGAAAAAA